CAUGUCACUGGGUGAAACGACCUAACAGCCUGUUGUUUUCAGUAUUUCGCUCACUUUAUAGUAGGCUCAUCACAUUGAGUGACUGCUCUAGGCUGCCUCGGGUCGCACCACGAUCGAGAAUCUCGGCGGCUGGGCUCACAUCCUCAGUCGGCAUGAGAGGAAGGACACGGCGGCUGCGGAGAACCGACUGCGCCGCGACAAUUACAAUUCGCACCAGAUUUCUACCGACGUAGUCAACAGCACCGUUUUUUUUUUGUUUCAGUUAACACGGGGCAGACAACGUCGCUGGAAAGGGAGUCUACAAGAAGACGUCAGACUAUCCAGUGAGCUGCCUACCUAGACAGAUUUUUUUUGGGCAUCAUACCGCUUUCGUGCGCGCUCCGGGCAGCAUUCAUUCACAGUCGCUGUCCACACACACAUGUACAGUAUGUGUGAACGUGCGGAGAAGUUGAAGAUGCCACUCUGAAUCAUCUGUGCACUUGGAUCGACGAUAACAAGCCAUUUUCUAUGGAUCCAUUGAUCGUCGUCUUCUCAAACCACACAGCUCGUUCCUACAAGCACAUCUGAGUCCUGCAAGCAGACUCUGCCCACUCUCCAUCUCACAGCGAAUACAGCAAGCAGAUAAGAGAUCACACCAGUAGUAUUUCCAUCAUGAGACUGGUGUUAAAGUACCUGGACAAGAUGAGGUGUUUCCGCAAACGUUCCACCAUUCCUUUUCUGGUGGCUCUCAUUACUUUCCUGCUCUUCAUAAACCUCUACAUGGAGGAUGGCUACGUGCUGGAGGAAGAUAAACGUCAGUUGCGAGAAACCUCAAUGCAUCCGCUGAACUCGGAGCGAUAUGUUCAUACCUUUAAAGAUAUCACAAAUUUUUCUGGAACAAUCAAUGUGACUUAUCGGUACCUUGCUGGAACACCUUUAACUCGAAAGAAGUAUCUCACUAUUGGAUUGUCAUCUGUGAAAAGAAAACGAGGAAACUACCUAUUGGAGACCAUCAAGUCCAUUUUUGACCAAUCAAGCUACGAGGAGCUCAAGGAGAUUGUUGUGGUUGUCCACUUGGCAGACUUCGACCUGGCAUGGUGCGAGAGCCUAGUUCAGGAAAUCUCAAGGAAAUUCGGCCACCAUAUCAUUGCAGGACGGCUGCUAGUUAUCCAUGCACCUGAGGAGUACUACCCGUCCCUGGAUGGGUUGAAGAGAAAUUAUAAUGAUCCGGAGGAUAGAGUACGCUUCCGCUCCAAACAGAAUGUAGAUUACGCGUUUCUGCUCAACUUCUGCACCAACUUGUCAGACUUCUACAUGAUGUUGGAGGACGAUGUGCGCUGCUCCCGAAACUUCCUCACUGCCUUGAAGAAAGUAGUGUCAUCUAGGGAGGGAUCAUAUUGGGUGAUGCUGGAAUUCUCCAAACUGGGAUACAUAGGGAAGCUGUACCACUCACGAGACCUUCCCAGACUUGCACAUUUCCUGCUCAUGUUCUAUCAGGAGAUGCCUUGCGAUUGGCUUCUUAUCCAUUUCCGAGGCCUACUGGCACAGAAGGAUGCGAUUCGCUUCAAGCCAUCCCUUUUCCAACACAUGGGCUACUAUUCCUCUUAUAAGGGUGCAGAAAACAAACUUAAGGAUGAUGACUUUGAGGAAGACUCCCUUGAUAUCCCAGACAAUCCACCUGCCAGUUUGUACACAAACAUAAAUGUGUUUGAGAGCUAUGAUGCUGCCAAAGCUUACAGUAGCGUGGACGAGUACUUUUGGGGCAAGGCCCCGUCCACUGGGGACUUUUAUGUUAUAGUGUUCAACAAGGCAACAAAAAUCAGCAAAAUCAAGAUCAUCACAGGAACAGAUGAUCGCCAGAAUGACAUUUUGCAUCAUGGAGCUCUGGAAGUGGGAGAGAAAUUAAUAGGAACCAAAAAAGGAAGGCAGUGCUCCUCCUAUAUAACUUUAGGGGAGUUUAAACAUGGAAACAUUGAGGUUUAUGAUGUGGACCACAAGAUAGCGUUUGAUAUUGAGUGUGUUCGCAUUGUGGUGACGGCAAGUCAGAAAGAAUGGCUUAUCAUUAGAAGCAUAAGCCUCUGGACUACACAAGGUGCCAGUCAAUGAGAACUUUUUUGAACCGUAGCUCAAGGCACAAGUAUCUGUUUAUUUAUCUAUUUAUGUAUUUAUUUAUGCAAUUAUUUAUUUACUCUCACAUGAUAAAUCUUUAUUUAUUCAUAAAGGAAAAUUUAAAGGCAGUAUAAGAUUUCACACAUCAAAGGGAGGUGUAGGCUUCUCCCUUUUACCAUUAUUACUCCGAAAUGUGUACUCCUCGUCAAAAAGCUUUGUCUCAGUUGUUUUUGCCUUACUUUCCAGUGAAGAUUCCUAGACAUCUUUAAAAUCAGAUUUAUUUAUUUGAGAAACAAAAUGAAUAUAUUUUUUAAUUAAAACUUUUUCUUACUUGAAUCAUAAAUUUAUUAAGGUCUGGGUUUAUAC